GCCGCCGCCGAGCCCACAGACGGAGAAAGUGUCGCACCCACUCGGGGUGGGAGAGAGAGAGAGAGAAGGCGCCCGUGCCGUGGAUCUGCCUGUCCAGCGGCGCGCACACCGUCGCGAGCCGCCGCCGUCGACGCUGCGACGCUCCGCCAGUGCCGGCCACCGAACGACGAGCGGUGCCGGGGGUCAGCCGACGCGCCGCCCAGCCUGCCGACGAGCGGGACCGAGCUCCGAGCGCCAGCGGCCAGCCGGGCCGCACCACUGCGGACAUGAGGCUCCUGCACUGGAUGCUCCUCCUGGCUGUCGUGGCCGCGUGCGUGGCCACAGCAGCGGAGGAACACCACCGAGAGAGGCGAGGCCUCUUCGGGCUCUUCGGCAAAAAGCGCUCCGGCCGAGGGCGUGGCCACGGACAUGGCGGCAGAGGCCGAGGCAGGGGCAAAGGUCACGGUGGCAAGGGACGCGGACGCGGCAGGGGGCGGGGUCAUGGACGACCCUCGACCAGCUAUGGUCCGCCCUCAACCAGUUACGGCCCUCCGUCUACGAGCUACGGACCACCUCCGUCAACCAGUUACGGUCCUCCGCCUUCCACUAGCUAUGGUCCCCCACCUUCCACUAGCUAUGGUCCUCCACCUUCCACAAGUUAUGGUGCUCCGUCUGGCGGUCACGGAGGUGGAGGCGGUGGACACGGAGGUGGAGGCGGUGGACACAGCGGAGGUGGUGGAUAUAGCGGAGGUGGAGGCGGUGGACACAGUGGAGGAGGCGGUGGACACAGCGGAGGUGGAGGCGGUGGACACAGCAGUGGACACGGAGGUGGAGGCGGUGGACACAGCGGAGGCGGUGGAUAUAGUGGAGGCGGAGGCGGAGGACACAGCAGUGGAAGCGGCGGAUAUGGCGGAGGUGGAGGCGGUGGACACAGUGGAGGAAGUGGAGGAGGCGGUGGAUAUAGUGGAGGCGGAGGCGGUGGACACAGUGGAGGAAGUGGAGGAGGCGGUGGAUAUAGCGGAGGCGGAGGCGGAGGACACAGUGGAGGAAGUGGAAGCAAUGGUGGAGGCUACGGCGGGGGAUCGGGAGGAAACAUCGACGUAUCUGCUUCCUGUAAGGCUUGCAGUGAAUUUAAGUGGGUGCCGAUUCCGGGACCGAGUGGCGGCAACAGGCAGCCAAAGCAGAGCUACGGAGCACCGGCGCAGCCCCAGCAGAGCUACGGAGCACCAACACAACCUGAACAAAGUUAUGGAGCACCAGCGCAACCAGAGCAAGGUUAUGGAGCGCCAGCACAACCUGAGCAAAGCUACGGAGCGCCAGCACAACCUGAACAAAGCUACGGAGCGCCAGCACAACCCGAACAAAGCUACGGAGCGCCAGCGCAGCCCGAACAAAGUUACGGAGCGCCAGCGCAGCCCGAACAAAGCUACGGAGCGCCAGCACAACCCGAACAAAACUACGGAGCGCCAGCGCAGCCCGAACAAAGUUACGGCGCGCCAGCACAGCCUCAGCAGAGUUACGGAGCUCCUGAGCAGUCUCAGCAAAGCUACGGAGCGCCAGCACAGCCUCAGCAAAACUACGGAGCUCCAGCACAACCUCAGCAAAGUUACGGAGCGCCAGCACAGCCUCAGCAAAACUACGGAGCUCCAGCACAACCUCAGCAGAACUACGGAGCGCCAGCACAGCCCCAGCAAGACUAUGGAGCUCCUCAGCAAGCCACUCCUCAAAAAGACUACGGCCCUCCGUCCCAGCCUCAGCAGAGCUACAGCUCCCCGCAACCUUCCCAGCCUCAGCAGAGCUACAGCUCCCCUCAAACCUCCCAGCCUCAGCAAAGCUACAGCUCCCCGCAACCGUCCCAACCUCAGCAGAGCUACAGCUCCCCGCAACCUUCCCAGCCUCAGCAGAGCUACAGCUCCCCUCAGCCAGCCCAGCCUCAGCAGACCUACAGCUCCCCUCAAACCUCCCAACCUCAGCAGAGCUACAGCUCUCCUCAAACCUCCCAGCCUCAGCAGAGCUACAGCUCCCCUCAACUGUCUCAGCCUCAGCAAAGCUACAGCUCCCCACAACCGUCCCAACCUCAGCAGAGCUACAGCUCACCCCAGCCUUCCCAGCCUCAGCAAAGCUACAGCUCCCCUCAGCCAGCCCAGCCUCAGCAGAGCUACAGCUCCCCUCAACCAGCCCAGCCUCAACAGAGCUACAGCUCCCCGCAAGUUCAGAACAUUGUCAGCCAGCCGAUCAGUCUGCAGCCACAGCCACUGCCGCAGCUCUCCAGCUCUGGCUUCGUUCAGCAGGCGAACCAGGAUUACGGAGCUCCUCAGCAGCAGGACAUCAUCAGCCAGUCACAGGCCAACAGCUUCACUUCGCAGCAAAGCUUUGGCGCCCAACAGACGUUCGGUCAGCAAAUUAAUAGCGAUUACGGUGCUCCGCAGCAGGGAGAUGUGAUCAGUCAGCCGCAAACAAACAAUUUUGCUGCCCAACAGUCGAGCUUUGGUCAACAGGUGAAUCAGCAGUACGCGGUUCCUCAGCAGCAAACAUUUAGCUCCCAACAGAGCUUUGGCUCUCAAUCCAGCUUCAGUCAGCCAAUCAACCAAGACUAUGGUGCCCCGCAACAGCAGGAUAUUGUCAAUCAGAAUCAAGUCAGCAGUCUGGGCUCUCAGCAAGGUUUCAACCAGCAAGCGAAUACCAACUACGUUGCACCGCAACAGCAAAGCUUUGGCUCCCAGCAGAGCUUUGGCCAGCAGGUGAACCAGGAUUAUGGUGCGCCGCAGCAGCAAGACAUUGUCAGCCAAUUCCAGGCAAACAGCUUCUCUGCUCAGCAAGGCUUUGGUCAGCAGGCGUCUUCUGUGCAGCCGGGCGGCUUUUCAAACCAGUUUGUCGGCUCCACGGCACAGAGUGUUGGCAAUGGAGCGUCUUCCUCGGGGCGUCAGCCGGGUCAGGAGUACGGACCUCCCGUCUCCAACGACAUCCUCACCGGACCCCUGCCGGCAGGGGUGUCCGUCAUCGGCAGCUCCGCCCGGUCACCGUCCUCCUCCCAGCCGCCACGGCAGGGGUACGGACCUCCGGCCGGAGACAGCCUGCUCGGGGGACAGUCCUCUGGCGGGAAUCUGCAGAGCUCCACCGCCUCCGCGACACAGACCGUCAACGGCUUCGGUCCUCUCUCAGAGUCCAGCGUCCUGACGGGCCCCGCUCCGGUCACCCAGCCGCUGUUCCAGGCUCAGCAGAACGUCCAAGGGGCCACUUUCGGACAGGGACAAAAUACCCAGGCUCAGAGCGCUGUUUCGACGGAAAGCUAUCAGGGAUACGGUCCCCCGACGGGAAACAGCGUUGUCACUGGCGAGCAGAACUCGUUCGGAGACAUCUCGAGUGGCGCUAGCGGCGGUUUCGUGGCGCAGAACCAAGUGCAGGGAGGUCUGUCUGCAGGGGGAAGCUUCAGCGGCAGCUCCAGCCAGGUGCUGGACCAGGGCUUCAUCGCCAACCCUGGCGGCGAUGGCAGUGUUGUCCAGGACUACCUGCCUCCGACUGGAAACCAGAUUGACUCUCCCCUCGGCCAGACCAGUCAGGGCAACAGUCAGAUCUUGGACAUUGACAUCCGCGGCGGGAGUGCCCUGAACGUCCAGCAGACGGCACAGCAGGGCCAGGUACAGCUACAGCAGCAGCAGCAGCAGCAGCAGCAGCAGCAGCAGCAGCUAGGGGAGGUGCUGACGGCCAAUCAGCUGCAGCAGGACGUGCAGAGGCCCCAGCAGGACGACAUCAUCACUGGCACACGUCUGAUCCAGGCACAGGGCGAAGGUCAGGCGACUGUCGACAGCGGAGCGCAGGACGUCCAACAGUUUGUGGACGCUCAGCAGCAGGCAGCCUUCGGUGACGCGUUUACCGGUUCUGAGCUCCAACAGGAUCAGCAGCAGUACCAGCAGGACACGUCACCAGAGGCUGGAGCCCUGGACGUGCAGCAGUUUGUGCAGAGCCAGCAGCAGGGAGCGUUCACCGACAUCCGCACCGGCUCGCAGAUGCAGCAGGAGCAGUCGGUGGAGAGUGGAGCCGAAGCUGUGCAGCAGUUCGUCCAGGAACAGCAGCAGUCGGCGUUCGGUGACGGCUCUCAGCAGCAGGAGGUGGAGCAGGCCCUGUUCGGACAGCCCGUCUCGGGCUCCCAGCUGCAGACCUCCUACGACGACCAGGCUGAGCAGCAGCAGAGCCAGAUACAGCAGCAGAGCAACGGCGUUCUCAUCGACACCACCUCGAACUCCGACGGACAGCAGACGACGUUCGUGAAUAGCCAGGAGGGCUCCUUCGACGCCAACGUCAUCGGCGGCAGCCAGAGCGCUGUCGGCGGCAACGUGUUUGGUGGGAGCGUCAUUAGUGACGGUCAGACUCAGGUGCAGGGAUCGUUCGCCGGUGGUUUUAUCCAGGGAGACGGCGGCUCACAGCAGAGUCAGGUGUCCCUGGAUGGAUCUUCCACCGACCAGCAGGACGGCGCUCUGCAGACCGGCUUUGGAGAUGUCGUCACCGGUCAGAGCGACAACGGCUUCUCGGCGUCUGAUGGCUUCCAGUCGCAAGCCACUGAUAAUGGCGGUUUCACCCAAACCAGCGUGGGCGGUUCCCAAGACGCAUCCCAGCAGACGGUUAUCAGCGACGGCGGAUUUGUCAGCGACCAGACUUUCACCUCCUCCGAUGGCUCUUCGGGUCUGGACGUGCGGGCCCAGGGUCAGCUGCUGACCUCGGUCAGCGACCAGGGUCAGCUGCUGACCUCGGUCAGUGACCAGGGUCAGCAGGAGGAGCCGUACGACUACUCGGCGCCGGCCAGCCAGUUCCAGGAGGGACAGCAGCAGACCAGCGUCAUCCAAGACAGUUUUGGAAACGUCCAGCAAACUUUCGAAGGCGACAGCUCCGGAGUGACUGGUGAGAUCAUAUCACCUGGAUUCGAAGAAUCCAGCACAGGAGACUUCGAUGCCAAUGCGGGCGGUGGUGAGACUAUUUCUUCGGAGAAUGAGAUCACCUCAUUCGCCGGAGAGGUCACAGACGCGGGCGUUACUACAGACGGUGAGAUCAGCUCACCGGGUAGUGAGGACAUUUCAUCCAGCAAUGACAUCACUGCCUCUGACUACGAGGCGUUCUCAACAGGCGGAGACGUCGACGGCACCUUCGUGGAUGACAACACGGCUCCCGGGGUCCUGGUCGGUGGAUCAGCCACCGACUCCAGCUCAACCUCAACAUCCGUUUCAGAUUUCAGCUCCAGCUCCGAAACCGGCCUGGAUGUCACAGGGGGUAGCUCGUCGACAGAUGAGGUCGACGACUUCGACAGCAGCGUAGCGCCGUUGACGGAGGCGCUGCCAGCGCUUGCAGCCUACGGGUCGUCCGCUGACCGUCUUUCAGAGAGCACCUCGCCUGCUGAGGAAGCAGCUGCGGUCAGCACGUCUUCUGUGGAGUCGGCAGAGGUCGCCAUCCAGGUGACCGACUCCGGUGUGUCAGAGACUACCUCCGAGGUGGCGGACGCUCCGGCGGUCGGCUCGGCGGCCUCCGCGGUCGGCUCGUUCGUGGACGGGACCACCGAGGAGGCGCUGGUGGAGGUAGUGGAGGACCCGGUGGUGACUGAACAGGUGCCUCUGCUCGGAGAAGAGGAAACCACGUCCGAGGCAGCCCCAGUCGCAGGGGAGACGCAGGAGCAGCAAGAGGUCCAGCCGCAGCCUUCCGAGUACCUGCCGCCGCCGACAGAUGCCCCAGCGCCCGACUUCGACGUUCGCGCCAUUCUACAGCAGCGUCGUAGGAGGCUCGCUCUGAGGCGAGGGCGAACGUGGGGCUAGCUGGCCACCUCUGAAGACGGUGGCACUAUCGUCCCGGUGUCUUCCGGCGGGCUCGAGCGCUCGCACUAGUCCGCUCGAGACUCCGCCAGCAAGCCGAGAGCGACCAUCGGACGAGAAAUAUCGGUCGGGCUCAACAUGCGGACUCCUCUGUGUGGGAUGUACAAACUGUUCGCUGAACGUGUGCGAAACUGGCAGCGAGAGAGGUCGAGAGAGGUCGUGAGAGUGACUUGAAGCGGUAGAGGAUCUAGUGAUGUCGGGAGUGGAGGAUUGGAGGCGUGGUUAGAUUGUCCCGGAUUUGUCGAGGAAUCCUCAGUCAGAUGGAAUCGUUAAUCAAAGCAUUCCUUGUCCGUUGCUUUCUUGGGUUACCAGUUGUGUAGACUUCACAUAUUGUUAUUUUAUAUUGACUUCUGUGUGAGCCAUACCCGUGUGAAUACAACGAAUAUAAUA